CCGGCGGGGCCCGCGCGCGGGCCGCCAUGAGCGGCGAGGACGGGAACGAGGAGUUCUACCAGCAGCUGCAGCUCCAGCAGCUCUACGAGGCGGAGCGCGGCGGCGAGGGCGAGCCCGACCCCUUCACCUACGUGGAUCCGGCCGAUGGGGCCGCCUACGAGUGGGACCGGGAGAAGAAGGCCUGGUUCCCCAAGAUAACGGAAGAUUUCUUGGCAACGUAUCAUGCUAACUAUGGCUUCAAUGCAGAUGAGACAGACAGUUCAUCCACUUCUGGCACAGCAACUGAAAGUAAGCUACCAGUAAGUUCUAAGACAUCAGGAACACAACCAUCAGCAAAUGAGAAGGGACCACAGCAAACUGAUACAAAACAAAAAUCAGAAAAACGGAAGCUUGAAGCAGGAUGGUUUCAUGUUGAAGAUGACAGAAACACAAAUGUUUAUGUGACUGGUUUACCUCCAGACAUUACAAAGGAUGAAUUUAUACAAGUCAUGUCAAAAUGUGGUAUCAUUAUGCGAGAUCCUCAGACAGAGGAACACAAAAUCAAACUUUAUAAAGAUAAGGAAGGAAAUCUUAAAGGAGAUGGCCUCUGUUGCUAUCUAAAGAGAGAAUCGGUUCAACUUGCGUUGAGACUUUUGGAUGAGGCAGAAAUUAGAGGCUAUAAAUUGCAUGUUGAAGUUGCAAAGUUUCAACUGAAGGGGGAGUACGAUGCAAGCAAGAAGAAGAAGAAAUGUAAAGACUACAAGAAGAAGUUGUCUCAACAGCAGAAACAGCUGGAUUGGAGGCCUGAGAAGAAAGAUGGUGCAAGUCGAAUGCGACAUGAACGCAUCGUUAUUAUCAGGAAUAUGUUUCACCCAAAGGACUUUGAGGAGGAUCCCUUAGUGCUGAAUGAGAUCAGAGAAGAUCUACGGACAGAGUGUGAAAAGUUCGGACAAGUAAAGAAGGUUCUCAUAUUUGAUAGACACCCUGAUGGUGUGGCUUCUGUGUCAUUUAAAGAAGCAACAGAAGCUGAUCUGUGCAAACUAACCCUAAAUGGAAGGUGGUUUGGUGGCCGUCAGCUCAGUGCUGAAACGUGGGAUGGUGUAACAGAUUAUCAGGUGGAGGAGACUGCAAGAGAAAGGGAAGAAAGGCUCAAGGUGUGGGGAUCCUUUUUGGAGGAUCCUGAUGCAAAGGAGCAGAAAACUACAUCUGAUUCAGAUUCUGCAACAAGUAGUGUUAAACUGCCUGAGGGCAGACAACCUUCAAAAGUUAAUGAUGCAUCUAAAGAGGAUGUAAAUGAUGGAGCCCGUAAGAGAGAGAAUAAUGAUGAGGGCAUUAAUGAAGAUGGUGCUCCAUCUACAGACAGCAGUCUUGCAGGCAGCGAUGAUGAAGCAGAUACAUAACACCUUUAAUGCUUUAUGAAAACAUGAUAUUUAGGGUGAUGUUUGAGUUUAUCCCUUGCUUUUCUGGGUGACUAAGACAAUGUUCAUAUGAAUAUGUGCAUACUAGGAUGUCAUCAGCUGUGUACUUUGAAAUUUUCAUUAGAAGCAGUAUUUAAUGAGGCUCUAAAAGUUUAUAUUAAUUGGCUGUUUGGAUAAAGUAAUUCAAGUUGGCAAGAAUGCAUCAAGACUGAUCAGGCUUCUUUUGUUCUAUCUUUGCUUGUCAGUGUUUCAUUAUAUAAGUGUGAAAUAUGUUCAGACACUUAAGUUCAUGUAACUGUAAUGAAGCUUUAGUAAUGCAAAGCUAUUACAAGAUUUGUGGGUUUUACUGUUAACGUUCGCUGUACCCUUUGGAACUUGGUGUCUUACUCUUAAAAGCUACUGUUGUCCUGAGCACUUUGGACUGUUUUACAGAACAAAUGCUAUGAUACAUAUAGGGUGAAUGGAUUGGAAAUGUUACACCUUACACAGCAAAUAAUGGAGUAGUACAAAGUUGCACACUCUAUGAAUGUGGAAAGCAAACGAGGUUGCCAUAGCCAACAUUAAGCAAACUGAGUGAAGAAAAAUGAUUAAAUCACAUUGUUGAAUAUAUAAUUUCUCUUCAUUCUGCUCAGAUCUUCUGUUGAUGCAAAGAGGCUGGAAUUAUGACAAGGGUACUAGAAAUGCAUUAACACAUUCUAGGCUGUAAUGUAAAUAAGACAUCUUAAAUUCUUACGGUUUUGUAUGCUGUAGGCAUGCAAAAUUGGCUUUUGAGUUACAGAUUUGAUCUGUUUUUGCCUUAAUGUUAGAGUAAGGAUUUUCAUUUUAACUUUGUUAGGGUGACAAUUGAGUUCUUUUCAAUAUAGCUUUUUUGUUCAACUUUACAUGCUUUUCGUGCAUGAGACUUCUCAUAUUUUCAUAAAAUUUAAAGAGUUUUGACAACUUAAUCUCCGAUUUGUUGGGUAAAUUUUAGAAUACCGGAGAACAGGCUUUCAAAGGAUGUUACCCUUUUAUAUGGAAAAAGUAAAUGUUAGACAUAAAAUGCUAGCCCCAUCUUAGAAGUAUUUCCAAAAGUAAGGAUUUAGGAGACAUUCUAGGUUUAGAUAUAUUAAUAAGUAUCAGGCUUUCAAAAAUAACUUUGGGGGAGCUGUUUUGAGCAUGGCAUUCUUUAUUUAAACCAAUUAUUUUUAUUUUUAAGGAUAAAAGAAUACAGAUUUAGGCACUGAACAUUUAAGUACUGGCGCUAAUUCCAUAGUGCAUUGUUCAUGUGGAUGGCUAUUAGUGCGCAUUUGUAAGGAGGAUUUUUAAAUUUUUUUAAAUUCGUAUUGGAUUGCGAGAAAUCGUAGAUGCUAAUUCAUAUAUUUAUUUCCAUCCUAAAGUAUCCAGAAACUCUGAAAAUUGAUUUUUCAAACUUCAUGCUCUGGGGUUACUAUCUAUAUUUUUCCAGAAGUCUGUAGGGUAGAUACAUCUCAACUAUUUAUAAUAGAGAUUAUGGGUAGGUUAUGGCAACAAAAGUGUGUAUGUUAAUACUUGCAUUGUGGCUAUAAAUGAUACCUGUUCAUGAGAAAAUAAUCAGGUCUAACAACACAGGAGAUGGUUCAAUUCAGGGUUUAAAAUAUUAAUGUAAACUGGCAUGACAAAUUCUUUAGUUUUCAUCAGUUGUAUAGUAAAGGAGAGCUGUAGCUCUUGGCAUUUAAGGAAGACCAUUUUCUCAUCUUUACAAGUGUGUGAGUUGUACAUUUAAGCAAAAAAAUGUUUGAACACUUCAGGGAAUCUGAAAUGUAGGCUGGUUUGUAGCUGCACAUAGUGGUAUAUUCAGAUUACAAUCUCUGGAUUGUGUAAGAACCACAAAUCUUUGAGGGCUUAAAGUUUUAAUAUAUUAAGUGUAAUUUAGUGUGGUGGAUAUUGCUUUCAGUGCUCCUUUUUUCUUCCAGCUUCUAAUCUCCAGGUUUUAGAUCUGUUAGACUGCUGUGCUUUGUUAGCUUUUUUCUUUUUUGAGAGCCUAAUCAUAUAUAACACUAGGCAGUUAAGUCACCUGUUUUACAGUGGAAUUGCAACUGAUACAAGAAAAUUGACAAAUGUAUAAAUAUUGUACAGUUCUAUAAAGCCUUAUCAUGGUAUCAGAUAUAAAAAUAAGGUUAGUAUUAGUGUUAAAAAAGAAAAAAGACUUUGAAAAAUAAAGAAUCAGUAUAUGUGCAGUAACCUUCCUCUCUUCUACUGAUGUGCAAAUUUGGCUUGAUUCAUAAGUCAAAUGUGAUGUUAGCCUUUUCAUCUUUUCCCCUAGACUUUACACUGAAGCAGAGCACCAACAAAAAUUGAGACCAAAUGCUUUACUUGCUUUCCUACUAACAGGAUUCUUAAGAAAAUAAAAACUAUUUUCCACCAAUAUAUGUUGUUCUGAAAUGCGACAUUACCCUUAAACUGGUAUUUUCCUUUGUCUACCUCUUUUAUUCUCCUAGUAAGAUUUAAAAAUAUAUUUUUAUAAAGUAUCCAUUGAGGUAUUGAAGCAUUUAAUAGUUUAUGAAGAGGUUAGUGCAACUGUGAUUUCCUUUUCAGUAGUUUUUCAUGGAGACCAACUUCUUAUUCAGACUGCUUUCCUUUUUAAAUGAUACAAAUUUUUAUAAAUUAGUCUGAACAUAAAUUACAAUUUCUCAUAAGAGGUUUUAUUUUGAAUUACAAAAAUGAAAUUCUAGUAGUGCAGAGCAGUAAUGUUUAAUAUCAAACUAUCUAUUUAAAGCUGAACAAACUUGAAUUCCUUUCUAAACUUGUAGAGUUUUUUCCUGGCUGAGUAUCAUUGUAAAUAGAUUAGUAAGAGGUUAAAAUCCCAAUGCAAUUUUCACUAAGCUUGUUUUUAAUUUAAGUGCUUUCUAUUGACUUCCCUGAAGUAGUAAUCUUUCUUGAGAAUACAGGACUAGCUUUGUAAUCUGCCUUGCUCAUCAGAAGUGACAAAAUGAAACUUUAUGCUUAGUUCCUAACUUUCCUUAAGUUUCAGUCCAGUCUAUUGCGUUCUUUAUCCCUUCUGAUGUUUUUUAUUUCUUUUUCCUUCUACCUUUUGGUAAGAGAUUCACUUCAAGAAAAGUUAUCUCCUUCUCCUAGUAUCUUAUUAAAACACUAUCCAGAAGCAAGCUGAAAGCCUUUGUGGAUAAUCAUUGUAGGUCGUUUUCAAACUAAAGAAGUUGCUAUUUCUACUCAUUGUCAGACUGAAGAAAUGGAUAUAAAGCCACAUAAAUAAAACAGUAGGGAAAAGAACAAUAAUUAUUGUUCUAGUAAAGAAUAUUGACGAAUUGCUACUUCUGUGUAAUUCAGCACAAAUAAUGACCUUUUUUUAACCACACAAUACAAAAUCAGUUGCUUAGCUUGAAGAUACAUUGGUAGUUUGCUUUACAAUCAAAGUGAUUUACUCGCAAGGUGACUGAACGGAGUUACAAGUAUUCGUCCAAGAUUAGGUGGUUUAAGGAGCGUGGCCAAGGUAGACAUCUGGAAACAAAAAGCCCCAAAAGAACAGAUGCGUAAGUUGUAUCAGGUCCUUGAAUGUUCAUACAACAGCUGUAAAGAGAGAAUUUAGUUUCAUUUUGCAUCAAAAUGUUUUAUCUGUUUCUCCUGCUGACUCUUUUUAAUUACUUUAACUGAAUUUCAGUCCCUCAUGCAACUUGCACCAUGUAUAAGGAUUGCAAUUCACUUAAAAUCAUUAGUAGGUUAAAUGCAGUGCAUUUUAGCUAAAACAUGUCCUAGACAUUAUUCAGUUAAGGCUAAUCUAUUUACAAAGUUGAAUAUUUAGUUUAAUUUACUUAAGAAAACUUAAAGGUAUUGGAUGCUUCAUAUAAGCCCAAACUUGUCUUUAAAUUUUUUAAUAAAAUCAAUACCUACGGUCUGAAUGCUUGAACUGUAACCAAAUUCUAAAAGAGACACAUACCUGUAGAUUUUAAUUGGAUUUUAAUUUUUUAUUUCUGAAUUUGAGGAAACAUACUGCAGUAUGAUAAAUGAAUUAUGUAAGUUGUGUAUUUGUGUUGAUUUGACUUGUGUGUAUUUUAGUGCUCGUUAUACAGGGCUUGAAGUCUUACUGUGAAGAAACUCUGAAAGUUCUGUAAAAUAUUUAUAGAAGUAUGAAAUCUUUUGCAGCAAAUUGUUUUUUUGCUUAUUAUGUAAUAUCAAAGUAUAUUGUUAGAUUAAACUUUUCAAUAAGUUGACUUGGAUUUUUUCUGACAGGUUAUUUUUUCUGAGGAGUUAAAUUGAUUUUCAGUUCUCAUCUUUUAGGAAAGAAACACUUGGAAAAACUAUAUUUUAAUAACUUAUAGCCCUGUGACAGCAUCUGAGAAUCUCUUGAUUUGUCUUGAAUUUUGUUUCUUAAAGGGGUUGUGUUUUAUACUACCUUUUUAAUAAACAAACUCGUGAACAAAA